GCGGGGGGGGGGGGGGGGGGUGGGUGGGCGCGCGCCGCCUCAGAGGCCAUAAAGCGCCGCCCGCUCUCCCAGCGCCGCGCACUGCCGGGCUGGGCGGCGGGAGAGGAGAGGCGAGUCGGGUCGGGUCUGGUCGGGCAGGGCAUCGCCAUGAGGGAGAUUGUGCACAUCCAGGCGGGCCAGUGUGGAAACCAGAUCGGGACCAAGUUUUGGGAAGUGAUAAGUGAUGAGCAUGGCAUUGACCCCGCCGGAGGCUAUGUCGGUGACUCAGCGCUGCAGCUGGAAAGGAUCAAUGUCUACUAUAAUGAAUCAUCUUCCCAGAAAUUUGUACCAAGAGCGGUCUUAGUGGACUUGGAGCCGGGAACCAUGGAUAGUGUGCGAUCUGGUCCUUUUGGUCAGCUCUUUCGGCCUGAUAACUUCAUCUUUGGACAAACUGGUGCAGGAAACAACUGGGCUAAAGGACACUAUACAGAAGGGGCAGAGUUGGUUGACUCCGUACUUGAUGUAGUAAGAAAAGAGUGUGAACACUGUGAUUGCUUGCAAGGAUUUCAGCUCACUCAUUCCCUGGGAGGAGGGACGGGGUCUGGCAUGGGAACCCUACUCAUCAGCAAGAUACGAGAGGAAUAUCCAGACAGGAUAAUGAAUACCUUUAGUGUCAUGCCUUCUCCAAAGGUUUCUGAUACAGUGGUGGAGCCUUAUAAUGCUACACUCUCAGUCCACCAACUGGUUGAAAAUACAGAUGAAACCUACUGCAUUGACAAUGAAGCUUUGUACGACAUUUGCUUCCGCACCCUGAAGCUCACCACUCCAACAUAUGGUGAUUUAAACCACUUGGUUUCUGCUACCAUGAGUGGGGUAACUACAUCCCUGCGAUUUCCAGGCCAACUAAAUGCUGACCUCCGGAAGCUGGCAGUAAAUAUGGUCCCUUUCCCACGCCUUCACUUUUUCAUGCCAGGCUUCGCUCCUUUGACAGCCCGAGGCAGCCAACAAUACCGAGCACUCACUGUUCCAGAGCUCACCCAACAGAUGUUUGAUGCCAAAAAUAUGAUGGCAGCCUGUGACCCAAGACAUGGGCGAUAUUUGACAGUGGCUACCGUCUUCCGUGGUCCCAUGUCCAUGAAGGAAGUUGAUGAGCAGAUGUUGGCCAUCCAGAACAAGAAUAGCAGUUACUUUGUGGAGUGGAUCCCAAACAAUGUCAAGGUGGCAGUGUGUGACAUACCUCCUCGUGGCCUCAAGAUGGCUUCCACAUUCAUUGGCAACAGUACUGCUAUUCAAGAGCUCUUCAAAAGGAUCUCAGAGCAGUUUUCCGCCAUGUUCAGGAGAAAGGCCUUCCUCCACUGGUUCACAGGAGAAGGAAUGGAUGAAAUGGAAUUUACAGAAGCAGAAAGCAACAUGAAUGAUCUGGUUUCAGAAUAUCAGCAAUACCAAGAAGCAACAGCAAAUGAUGGAGAGGAAGCGUUUGAAGAUGAUGAAGAAGAAAUCAAUGAAUAAAGAAAUUAGGUGCAGUAUUUUCCAGGCCAAAUUUUCAGAUCUGGAUUUCUAAUAAUUGGGCUUAUAAAUCUGUAUUUAGGCUU